GCGGCCCGGGGGGCGGAGCGGGGGCGGGCGGUGCGAGGGUGGAGGCGGCGCGCCGCCGGCGGCGGGGCUGUAGCUCUCCGGGCUCCGGCGGCGGCGCUAGCCUCCGAGCCUCUGCGCGUCUCCUAGCCGCGUCCUAGCGGCGCGGGCGGCUACGCUUAAAAUGCCGCAUGUGUAAUCUCAGUGGAAUAAAUGGCGUCCAGAGUCACAGAUGCUAUAGUCUGGUAUCAAAAGAAGAUUGGAGCCUACGAUCAACAAAUAUGGGAAAAGUCUGUUGAACAAAGAGAAAUCAAGGGGUUAAGGAAUAAACCAAAGAAAACAGCGUAUGUGAAACCAGACCUCAUAGAUGUUGAUCUCGUGAGGGGUUCUGCAUUUGCUAAGGCAAAGCCUGAAAGUCCUUGGACUUCUCUGACUAGAAAAGGGAUUGUUCGAGUUGUGUUUUUUCCCUUUUUCUUCCGGUGGUGGUUACAAGUAACAUCAAAGGUCAUCUUUUCCUGGCUUCUUGUCCUCUAUCUUCUUCAAGUUGUGGCAAUAGUGUUGUUCUGCUCCGCUCCUAGCCCACACAGCAUACCUCUCACUGAAGUCGUUGGGCCAGUAUGGCUGAUGCUGCUCUUGGGAACUGUGCAUUGCCAGAUCGUUUCAACAAGAACACCCAAACCUCCUCUAAGCACAGGCGGUAAAAGAAGAAGGAAAUUAAGAAAAGCAGCCCAUUUGGAAGUCCAUAGGGAAGGAGACGGGUCUAGUACGACAGAUAACACCCAGGAGGGCGUGGUCCAGAGCCAUGGUGCAGGCGCUUCCUACAGUGUUGGCGCUGUCUUCAGAGAUCUCUGGCAUGCUGCUUUCUUUUUAUCAGGGUCAAAGAAAGCAAAGAAUUCCAUUGACAAGUCAACUGAGACUGACAAUGGCUAUGUGUCUCUCGAUGGGAAAAGGACUGUAAAAAGCAGUGAGGACGGAGUGCAAGACCAGGAACCUCCAUGUGAAACUAUCGGACCAGAAGAUACAGCCUGGGUCAUCCGAACUCCACGGAAUCUUCCUGCCAAAGAUACCCAAAGAAAGAUAACCAAUGUCUCUGAUGAAGUAUCCAGUGAGGAAGGUCCUGAAACAGGAUACUCACUGCGCUGUCAUGUGGACAGAGCUUCUGAAGGCAGUCUUCGAAAUAGAAAACCACACCAUUAUAAAAAGCAUUAUGCAAAUGAGGAUGCCCCUAAAUCGGGUACUAGUUGCAGCUCUCGCUGUUCAAGUUCCAGACAGGAUUCUGAGAGCACAAGGCCAGAAUCCGAAACGGAAGAUGUCUUAUGGGAAGACUUGUUACAUUGUGCAGAAUGCCGCUCAUCUUGUACCAGUGAGACAGAUGUGGGGAAUCCUCAGAUUAACCCCUGUGUGAAAAAAGAAUAUAGAGACGACCCCUUUCACCAGACUCACUUGCCCUGGCUUCAUAGUUCCCACCCAGGAUUAGAAAAAAUCAGUGCUAUAGUAUGGGAAGGCAAUGACUGUAAAAAAGCAGACAUGUCUGUUCUUGAAAUCAGUGGAAUGAUAAUGAACAGAGUGAACAACCAUGUACCAGGUAUAGGGUACCAGAUCUUUGGAAAUGCCAUCUCCCUGAUCCUGGGCUUGACUCCAUUUGUUUUCCGACUGGCCCAAGCAACAGACUUGGAGCAGCUCACAGCCCAUUCUGCUUCAGAACUUUAUGCAAUUGCAUUUGGUUCUAACGAAGAUUUCUUGGUUCUUUCCAUGGUCCUGAUAAGUUUUGUGGUUCGAGUAUCUCUUGUAUGGAUCUUCUUUUUUUUGCUGUGUGUAGCAGAAAGAACAUAUAAACAACGAUUACUCUUUGCAAAACUCUUUGGACAUUUGACAUCUGCAAGGAGAGCUCGGAAAUCUGAGGUUCCUCAUUUCCGGUUGAAGAAAGUACAGAAUAUAAAAAUGUGGCUAUCUCUCCGCUCCUAUCUGAAGCGUCGAGGUCCUCAGAGAUCAGUCGAUGUCAUUGUUUCAUCUGCUUUCUUACUGACAAUCUCAGUUGUAUUUAUCUGUUGUGCUCAGCUGCUCCAUGUGCAUGAGGUCUUCCUCGACUGUCACUACAACUGGGAGCUGGUGAUCUGGUGCAUCUCCCUGACACUGUUUCUCCUGAGGUUUGUGACGCUUGGAUCAGAAACAAGUAAAAAGUACAGCAAUACCUCAAUACUACUUACAGAACAGAUAAACCUCUACUUGAAAAUGGAGAAGAAACCUAACAAAAAGGAGGAACUGACACUUGUGAAUAAUGUUUUAAAACUGGCUACUAAACUAUUGAAGGAACUGGACAGUCCCUUCAGGUUGUACGGACUCACCAUGAACCCGUUGCUCUACAACAUCACCCAGGUUGUCAUCCUGUCGGCUGUCUCUGGGGUCAUCAGUGACCUGCUUGGAUUUAAUUUAAAGCUGUGGAAGAUUAAAUCGUGACAGUUGAGAAAACAUGAAGAUGUAGCCGGUGUUCCAGAGCAUGAGUGCGGAUGAAGCUGUCUGGCAGCGGUCACUGGCUCUGCUCCAGGAGGCUGCUGGGAACGAAGUGUUUACAUCAGACUGUAUUGUGCAAUUCUUAUAUUUAUUUUGCUUGUUUACUGUUUUUGUUGUUGUGUGUGUGUGUAUGUGUGUGUAUUUCUUUCUUAUUCUUUUUUUUUAUAUAUUGAUUUUAGUCUGUUUGAAGCAUAGACGUUCUUAGUUGUUGAAAGGGUGACAAAAGUGAUCCAGACACCUGAGGUCCUGGUAAUUGUUCAUAAAUAAUUGACAAACAAAUUGUGAAAAUAGAAGCCAUUGCUCAGCACUGUUUCUCCAUCCAUCAAUGCCAUGGACUUGCCUUACUUGAGGAAAGCUUCAACUCUGAAAUAGUGCAUUGGACUCAGCUAAACACAGAGUGCAUUUCCUUUGGUAAACCAGGAUCCACUCAGGAUCUCUCUUGAACUAUUUGAGAACAAUGCUGGGACCUCAAUUAAUGAAGCUGCAGUUGAAGCACCUGUCAGUAUUAAUUUAUGGUGUUACGUAACAGGUCAACAAGUGCUCUUUGAUAAUAAAACUCUUAAUGGAGCAAUAAUUGUAAAUGGUUACCAUACUGUAAAAUACUUUGAUAAAAAUUAAUUAGUAAUAAAUGUAUUUAUUUGAAACACUGAGCUGUUUGCACAGCUCCAACUGUGCAUGCUCAAAAUGUGCACUUUUUAAAAUUGUUACUUUUGAUGUAUAUCUUUAUGUGGGAUAUGUUACAGUGUACUAGGGCAUAAUAUGGUAUCCUUUUGAGUGAGGUCUAUUCUCAUCUCACAAGUGAAGUGCCUACUGCUAUUACUCAAGUACAUUGUGUUUACUCAAAAGAAUUUCCCAUGGUACACUAUAGCUUAUGCUGUUCAUACCACACUUAAGUAAAGCUUAUGAAUAAAGAACCAACGAAAUAUGUGAUUGCUAGUUAUAAAGUUUCCAUUUUCUGAAAAGACAGCUUCAUUCUACCACUCCUAGCCUCUAAAUUUAAUCUGGUGCACCCCUCCUCCAGCUCCAUUAUAUAAGGGCUAUUUUUAGAUGCUUUUAACAUGGAAAGCUAGCUUCUCUCCCUUCAGUAACCUGUCAAGUGUCCAGAGGGAGCUUAUCAUGUUUCCUGUUAGGUAAAUAGGGCAAAUAUGAUAGUCCCCUGCAUCUGGCCUUGAUUCUAAGUUGUUACAUUUGUACAAUCAGUAGUGUUUUAAGAAUUAUAUGAAACAAAAUGUUUUUGUGAUUGCUUUGUUUAAGCCAAGCAUUUGGUUUCUAAAACAAAGAAUUUAGUUGAAACAAUCUAGAAUUUUCUUGGUGCAAAGUCAUUUUGAAUAUAUUCAUAUUUUUAGCAUAUUUUAAGGAAUUUAAAUAAUUAAUUGUAAAUAAUUUAUUUGAUCGGUGCAGUUCUAAUUCCCAAAUCACUCUUAAUAUCAGGAAUGUGCAGAGAACAGAGCCAUGUGAUACAAUGUUGCUCUUCCCAUUCCUUUGACCAGCUUCAGUUUAGCCUCAUUGUAGAGUGCUCUUUGCAUAGGAAACAGCAGACAGCAUUGUGUUCCGUUUGCCUGUGUUCUAAUAUGUCCAAUAAUGACCAAAGUGCAUUCUGAGUAUUUUCAAGGAAUGUAUUACCAGAGCUUUAAGAACAUACUUAGUUUCUCAUGUGAAGAACUAGGCUUUGUCUGAUACGUUUCGUCCUCUAUUGUCUGAUGUUGUUUUUAGGCACUAUAUUUUAUAAACUUUUUCAGAAUAAGGUACAUACCUAUACAGAACUUAACAUUUUGCACAAACUAUAUCAAUUAUAUUUUGAGAAAAAAAAAGUACAGCAUGAGUUCUGUUAGGAAUAAAAAGAUGAAAUUAUUGUAUCUUACAAAAACUUAUUUCAGAAUAUUUUUGAGAAAAGUAGCUGAGUAUACUGACUUAGAAAAAUGCUUGCUUUAGGUUGCAGUUCUGUUUGACAUAGACAUGGGAGUUGAUUGUACAGUAUAACUGUCAGCAACAUGAUCUAUUGACUGUGCCAUUAAUGUGGGCAACAGUAGAAUGCUAGAAGGAAAAUGUUUUAAGCAGUUCAUAAUGUUAACAGAACCAUUUCAAAGUAGUAAGUUGACGUCACUGCCUUUAAGAAUACCAUGAAUGUAAGAAGUUGAGAUUGUAACAUACCACAUCAUAGAGAAAAAGAAGUUCAGAGGUAGAAUUAUGGCAGAUGUUGUGUGCUGUUUCUUUGCCGCGUGUUGUUUUUGAAAAUUUGAACAGUUAAGUUUAAAAUAAACCUUCUACGACUGACA